AUGGCAUCAACACAAUCUGCCAGUAUAAACGAUAUGGGCGAUCCUUUGAGACCGUACGUACCGGGCAACGAAACUCCAGAAGAAAAACGUAAACGUGUAAAUUUAGAAAAACAAGCGAAAAAACGUAGUGAUGCCAUUGAUAAACAGUUAAAAGCCGAAAGGGAAGAAAGAGAUAAACAAAAAACAGCGAAGUUAUUAUUAUUAGAAAGUGGAAAAACGACCGUUCUUAAGCAACUAAAAAUUAUUCAUGGUAAAGGGCUUUCAGACGAACGUCAACGGUACCGCCGUAUAGUUCACCUUAACGUACUUACAGCUAUUAAAGCUCUGGCAAAUGCUCUUGUAACUCUUGGAUAUACUAUUAAACCUGAAAAUAAACAACAUUUAGAUAGAAUUAUCAAUCUGACCACGAUAAAGAAUACGUUGAAUCGAAAUUCUAUCACAGUUCAGGCAGCCAUCAGGGAUCAACAAUUGGACGAUAAUUCACAAGAUUUAUUCAUGGAAAACAUUAACACUGUUAUGGCUUUAUGGAAUGACCCUGCUAUCAAACAAUGUUAUAAUUCUGCGAAUAACUAUUUACCGACUGAUGAAGACAUUCUUCAAGCUCGCAUACGAACAGUUGGUGUUGCUGAGCAUAGAUUUGAAAUAGCUGAUGUAGUAUACAGUCCUUAUUUUGAUGAUGUUAACGCCAUUAUUUUCAUGGCUGCUAUAUCAGCAUUUGAUCAAACACUAGAAGAUUCUGAUAUAAAUCGCAUGGUUGAUUCUAUCCAGUUAUUUGAGGAAAUUUGUAAUAACCCAUUGAUGAUAAACACCCACAUUAUUUUGUUUCUUAAUAAGAUUGAUAUUCUCAAGCAUAAACUCGAAGAUGUUAAAGUUAAGGUUAAAGACUAUUUUCCUGAAUAUCAAG